AUGGCUCUGGUAAGCACAAAAGAAGAAAAAAAGCACAGAAACCGACUAAAACUGUACGAAUCCUUUAAAACAUUCAUUCCUUCAUUUCUAAGUCCGGCCAUCACUCCAUUCUCUGUGUACAGACACCCAUUCACUUCUGUUCUUGUUUCAUACUGUACCACAGGGCACAUCACAGACCGUAUAAGUACAGUAUAUACUACACCACAGCAUACAGUAGAUAAAACUAUACUUAAAUUACCACAGAAAAGACUUAAAGUGUCAUUUCCAGAAAAAUUCAGUUUUACAGCACCGGGUUCAUUUAAUGCAAAUUUAAAUUUGAACCCCUGUUGUAAUGGCAAGAAGAAUAAUAAAUCCAGUUUCAGAAAAAAGAAGAGAACUUACGAUUAA